ACGGGAGAGGAGAGAGACUUCAAAUGAUGCGGUUAGGUUUCCUUUUAAACUUUAGGAACGCCGGGCGACACUGUUAGAUAUAGAAUAUGUUUUUUGGGUCUGAAUCUGUGUGACUGAAGUUUAACUAUCAAGCUAAAUUUACUAAUCGCCUCUGCCAAUGCAAACGUAGCACCUUCCAGUCGUGAUUUGUUUUAUAAUUUCUGUGCCAAAAAGCUUUAAUUUAAUUUCAGCAUCUGGAAAAAGCCAAAGCUUUCUUACUCAUCUAUGCGGUUUCUCUUAAACACAUGUAGAGCGUAUUCUACUAGUUUUCCGGUCGUAACCAGAUAUCGGAUAGCCCAACUUGGUCGUGUGGGUCAAAUCGAGAAUGCCCGUCAAGUGUUCGAUGAAUUACCCAACAAAACAGUCGAUUCCUGGAACUCUAUCAUUGCUGGCUACUUUCAGAACAACCAACCUGAUGAGGCCCUGCUUCUAUUCAACAAAAUGCCGGAGAAAAACAUCGUUUCUUGGAAUGGUUUAAUUUCUGGGUAUAUAAAAAAUGGAAUGGUUACUGAAGCUAGGGAAGUGUUUGAUAAAAUGCCGGAACGCAAUGUAGUUUCAUGGACUGCCAUGAUUCGGGGGCAUGUUCAAGAGGGUAUGAUGGGGGAGGCAGUGUCCCUGUUUUGGUUAAUGCCCGAAAAGAACGUGGUUUCAUGGACAGUGAUGUUAGGUGGACUCAUUCACGAAGGUCGGAUUGAUGAGGCGCGUAGGUUGUUUGAUAUGAUGCCGGAAAAGGAUGUGGUUGCUAGGACUAAUAUGAUAGCGGGAUAUUGUAAAGAAGGACGUUUGAGUGACGCGAGAGAGAUUUUUGAUGAGAUGCCAUGGAGAAACGUGGUAGCUUGGACUACUAUGAUUACGGGUUAUGUGCAGAAUAAUCGUGUGGAUGUUGCUAGGAAGCUUUUUGAAGUGAUGCCUGUGAAGAAUGAGGUGUCAUGGACAGCUAUGUUGAUGGGUUAUACACAGUGUGGAAGGAUAGAAGCAGCUUUGGAACUUUUCGAGGCAAUGCCUGUGAAAUCAGUCGUCACAGGCAAUGCGUUGAUUCUUGGGUUCGGCCAAAAUGGAGAAGUGGCAAAAGCAAGGAGGGUAUUUAAUCAAAUGAAGGUUAAGGAUGAUGCGACAUGGAGUGCAAUGAUUAAGGUUUAUGAGAGGAAAGGAUUUGAACUGAAAGCACUUGAUUUGUUCAUAUUGAUGCAAAAAGAGGGCAUUAGGCCGAAAUUUCCAUCUUUGAUUACUAUUCUUUCUGUUUGUGCCAGUUUGGCAAGUCUGGAUCAUGGUAGGCAGGUUCAUGCCCAGUUGGUGAGGUCUCGGUUUGAUGAAGCUGUAUAUGUUUCCUCUGUUUUGCUUACAAUGUAUAUUAAAUGUGGCGAUCUUCCUAAAGCAAAGUUAGUUUUUGAUAAGUUUUCUUCAAAGGAUAUUGUUAUGUGGAAUUCUAUGAUCAGUGGUUAUGCCCAGCAUGGUUUAGGUGAGGAGGCCUUGGAGAUUUUCCAAUCAAUGUUCUCCACAGGAAUGGUACCAGAUGAUGUUACCUUUGUUGGAGUUCUCACGGCUUGUAGUUACACGGGCAAGGUUAAAGAAGGGCUAGAUAUCUUUGAGUCGAUGAAAUCCAAAUAUAUGGUGGAGCCAAAAACUGAGCAUCAUGCAUGCAUGGUGGAUUUGCUUGGUAGAGCAGGCAAGAUAAAUGAGGCAGUGAAUAUAAUUGAAAAAAUGCCCAUGGAGGCAGAUGCUGCUGUUUGGGGUUCUCUGUUAGGGGCCUGUAGAACACAUGCAAAGUUGGAUCUAGCUGAAGUUGCAGCAAAGAAGCUUCUAGUGAUUGAACCUGAAAAUGCAGGCCCCUACAUCCUGUUGUCAAAUAUAUAUGCAUCACAAGGUAAAUGGAAUGACGUGGCAGAGCUGAGAAAAAAUAUGAGGGCAAGAAGUGUGAAGAAAUCACCUGGUUCUAGCUGGAUUGAGGUUGAGAAAAUAGUACAUAUGUUCACAACAGGUGAUAUCAGGGCACAUCCAGAGCAUUCAAUGAUCAUGAAGAUGCUGGAAAACUUAGACGUGUUGUUGCGAGAAGCUGGGUAUAAUCCUGAUGGAAAUUUUGUGUUGCAUGAUGUGGAUGAGGAAGAAAAAUUGUAUAGCUUGAGGUACCACAGCGAGAAAUUGGCUGUGGCAUACGGGUUGUUGAAGGUUCCUAAGGAGAUACCUAUUCGUGUCAUGAAAAAUCUUCGUGUUUGUGGAGAUUGCCACACUGCAAUCAAAUUAAUAGCAAAAGUAACUGAGAGAGAGAUCAUUUUGAGAGAUGCUAAUAGAUUCCAUCAUUUUAAGGAUGACAUCUGUUCUUGCAGGGACUAUUGGUAAUAGAAUAGCUUAUAUGACAUUGGUACCAUAAUGGUCAGGAUUUCUAGCGGGAGCCUUAUGCAGAUGAUGUUGGCUCCUAACAGUGAACCGCAAUCUUGAAUGGGAUAACACCUGAACUUGUUUUUA